AUGGCCCGCGCCCUCCUCCAAACGGCGAUCCCCGCGACUGGCGCGCGAUGCCCCGCGAGAUCCGCACGAGUCUCCCGGGUCGUCCGCGCCGCAGCUCGCCGUUCGAGCGACUCGAGCGACGCAGCCCUGGGCCGCCGCGACGCCGUCGUCGGCGCGGGUGCCCUCCUUAUGCUGACGACGCGCGUCGCGCCCGCGACGGCCGAGGACGAGGCCCCCGACGCGGCCCCCGAAGCCCCGGCGGUUCCAAAGUACGGCAAGCCCCGCGUCGUCAUCACCGGCAGCAACUCCGGCAUCGGCUUUGACGCCGCAAAGAAGCUCGCGAAGAGCGGCGACUGGUGCGUCGUCCUGGCCUGUCGCACCGUCGCCAAAGCCGAGCAGGCGAAGGCUUCGAUGCGAUCCGAGUUCCCGUCCAUCGAUCCGAACGACGUUCAGUGCUACGCGUGCGACCUCGGGGAUAUGGCGUCGAUCAGGCGAUUUGCCAAGGAUGUCACCGCGGAGGGGCCGGUCGACGCCCUCUGCCUCAACGCCGGGCUCGAGUACAGCGGAGAUCCCACCGUCUACCGCACCAAGGAUGGCUUCGAGGAGACGAUUGGCGUCAACCACCUCGGACACUUCCUCCUCGCCAACCUACUCCUGCCCGCGCUGGAGAGCAGCGAGAAGCUGGCACACCCGAGGAUCGUGGUCACGGCGUCGGAGGUGCACGACCCGGCGUCCGCGGGGGGCAGCGUGGGGAAGGGCGCGACGCUCGGCGAUCUCGCCGGACUGGAGCGCGACGGUAAAAAUUUCGAGAUGGUGAGCGGAGAGCCUUACGACGCGGAUAAGGCUUACAAAGACAGCAAGCUGUGCAACAUGCUGUUCUCCUACGAGCUGGAGCGUCGUUUGCAGGCGAGUGGGAGCAAGGUGACGGUCAACGCGUUCGGUCCGGGACUCAUCACCCGGACCGGACUGUUCCGCCACCAGCAGCCGCUCUUCGUGAAGGCGUUUGACUUGAUCACAAACACGUUCAACGUCGCCGAGUCGGUGGAUGGCGGGGGUAACACUCUGCUGUACAUGCUGACGGACGAGUCCCUCGAAGGUGUGGGUGGCGCGUACUACAGCAACACCAUCUCCCCGGGCUCGUCACCGACGGGACACGCGUUCAUCGUGCAGGAAUCGAGCGAGGAAUCGAAGGAUGCGACAGAGGCUCGAAACUUGUGGAGGUUGUCGGAGAAACUAGUGGGUCUCGCGUAG